AUGCGUGUGGCACAGUCGUCUGCCCUCACGUGUCUGCCGGUUCGGCCUCGCACCAGCGCCGCGGUAGAGGAGAAGAGGGGAAGAGGGGGACGCGAACAGUCGCCGAUCGAUCGCCAGCCGCGCGAGAACCAGUUUCGUGAUUCCCACGGGGCCGCGCGGGGCCCGUGGUGGGGGGAGACCUCGCCGCGCAUUGGCCGGCGCGGCGCCGCGGCCACGCCCCCCGGGCGCGGGGGUCCCCCCUCCCUGCGGCGGGGCUGCGCGCGCACCGUUGUGCAAUCCAGUUCGAGAGUAUCGGUGGAAGAGAGGAGGUGUCGCUCUGCGGGGAGCGAGGCAACAGCCUUGUUCCUGCCGUGGGCUAGAAGCUGCUGCGGUGUGCAGUCCUGUGCGAGCCGCCUGCGUGUCUCCAGGAUGGCGGAGGCCGGCAGGCGGUGCCUGCUCAAGGACCUGGCCGGGCAGAUCACGUGUCGGCUGUGUCGGGGCUACCUGGUGGGCGCCUCCACCGCCGUGGAGUGCAUGCACUCGUUCUGCCGCAGCUGUAUCGUGCGCCACAUCGCCGUCAGCAACCGCUGUCCCGUCUGUCACGGCAAGCUGCACGAGGCGCGACCCGCGCUGGGCAUCAGGCCGGACCGCGCGCUGCAGUCGCUGGUGUACAAGCUGGUGCCGGACCUGUACCAGAGGGAGCUGGCGCGCCUGGUCAGGUUCUACAGCGAGCGCGGGCGGCGCGUCGAGCGACAGGCCUUCCUGCGCGAGAACUACUACUACUCGGCCAGCGACAGCAUCAGCGUGUGCCUGCAGUACGACGACAGUGACGCCAGUGACGACGAACAGCUGGACGUCAUCGCCGCGCGCGGCGGCAAGAGGAAGAAGUCCACCGACCUGAAGCCGGACGCGGAGGGAGCGCUCCGCCACUACCUGCAGUGCCCCGGUGCCGUCACAGUGGGCGUGCUCAAGAAGCUGCUGGUCUCCAAGUACAACACCGGUGAUCUCAGCUGCGUGGCCCUCUCGCACGACCUGCGCCCGCUGCCGGACCACCUCACGCUCGUCGACAUUAUCUACAUACACUCCUGCACCAACGUGUCUCCGCUGAUGCUGAACUUCAAGAUAUACAGCCGGGUCGAGUUGCCGGCGCCCGUGUUGAGGCCCUCGCCCGGCAAGCGGCGGAGGAGGCAGCUUCCGGGGCCGCAGCCUUUCCCCGCCUCCACGUCCCCACUGCCGUCGCCGUCCCUGCCCCUGGGGUCCCCGUCGUUGCCCCACCAGUCCUCCGAGGCGCCGGUCCUCGAGCCCGAAGGAGGCGCCCCCAGCAGCCACCAAUUAUCCCAGCCGGGGGAUCGAGGACCGGUCGGCGGCGAACCCCGGGACAGCGGUGACACCCCCGAAAUUGUGGGACCAGCGUCGACAAACGGUGACUCUGGUGAUUCGGCCAACACGGUGCGAGAGGCAGCAGAUAUUCCCGCUGAAGAGAACCUGCAACCAGGAAGUCUGGAGGUGGUCGGAGAUCCGCCGAGUGCAUCGAAUCACAUUCGAACCGGUGAAGCUGUCAAGAACGAUGGACAGGAGAAAGAGCCCAUUCGUGAACAAGAAAGUAAAAAUGAAGCUUUGGGUACUUCAGACGUAGCCAGUGAGGCAUCGCCUGGUGAUCGCUAUUUAGAGCCCACUGUUUUGGGAAACAGUACAACAGAAAACAUUUUAGUCGAUGAGACUGUUCCUACUCACGAAGGAGAAAUAAAGGUAUGUAAGAAACCUAACACAGAGACAAAAAGUGACCCACUCUUGGGAAAAGAGGAAUAUUCGGAAGGAAAUGGUAAAGCGCAUUUUAGGAAUAAUGAUGUUGACAAGGGCCAGGAUGAGUCACAAGAGACACAUGUUGCAUUGGUGGAGGAAAAUAACUGCGGAAAAAUUGAGAAUUCUGAUAGUACAGAAAAUGCAAUCAUUCAAAUAUCACAAGCUCUUAAUACUGCUAACAAUUCAUCUGUCACAAAAAACUUGACAGGAAGCAACGAUCCUGAAAUUUCCCAGGCUAAGAAUGACUCUGAACGAAAUUUAAUUGAUUCUUACCUCAAGCAUAAUAGGAAAAGAGUGCAAGUGUGUAAAAGUGUGCAGUCAAAUAAGAGUAAUAUUUUACCUGUAUUGAAUAACAUUGUUCUUCUGGCAAGCACUGAUACUUCAUCAAGUACUAAUAUUAAUAAUCCAUUAGAUAAGAUUUCAUCUCCAUCUGAAAAUACUGACAAUAUGACCGAUACAGAGGAUAUUUCGAAAGUUGAUGUAAUGGAAGUAGUCAGUCAAAGUAGCUCACCAGAAAUUGACAAUUCAAGUCUUGUGAUUGAUAUCUCAGAUGAUUCAGAACAUUCUGGUUCAAGCACCACAGUAAUUACUACCAAGCUUAUUGAUGGCGAAUGUUCAUCAACUGCUACAAAAGAUACUCUGAUACAAUCUCCAUCAGGAUUGUGUCCUAAACCUACAUUGUCAUGCAAUUUGCCAUCCAGCAGUCCAAAACCUGAGAAGAAUUUCACAGAAACCCCUAUUGGUCUACCUAGCAGUAAUGAUAACAGUACCAGCAGCACCAAGAAGUGUGCAGGAAAAAAUUCACUUAAAAAUAAGAAGAGCCAUAGAGAAAAUCAUUUGAAAUGUGAUGAUCCAAAAGCUUUGGAUUUGUCUCUGAAGCGUAAAAGGGCCAUUAAUACAGUACUGCCAAAACCAAAACUUUAUUUACCAUACAUGCUUUCAAACUCACAAAGUAAUGAGAAACUACCGUAUUCAUUAUUGCAAACAGACAAAAACAAUGUUGGAGAUAAAUUCGUUCAAAGUUUAACUGCAGAAAAUUUAAAAACUCUUAGAGAACAUGGAGUGAAGCUUCAAAAACAAGCAAAAAAUUCUACUUCAUCUACGAGCUCGCGAGCUCCUUAUGAGUUUGCUAUGAUGUCUCCAAAGCCAGAACAGGGUCAUAGUCCUUACAAUAAUUUCUACUUGCAGAGAAAAUAUUUCUCUGCCACAAGUACAUUCAUACCUGAAGCGAAUGCAAGCACGUCAUCUACAGUCACGAAUGCAUCCUGCUCUGGCUCAAAAAAAGUGCAGAAGAAGAAGAAAGUAACAGAUAAUUAUAAGCUGAAGACAUCAUCUACUUCUGUGACCAAUUCAAGCCAUUCUCAGGACUCGGGGAACAGCAGCAAUUCUGCUCCUACUUUGCUUAAAGUGCCAGGGAAAAAACCCUGCAGACGCUUUUACAAUGGCCUGCCAGAGAAGCCAACAGGUUUUCAAAAUCGUGCUGCCGCUCCCAUGCAAUUGCCAGCUUUGCUGCCGGCUUCCCAAGUGUCCUUCCUGAAAAAAACAGCAGCGAACAUGAACGCUUGGCUUCGGGCAGGCAACAGUUCGCCGAGACACUUCUCGUAUCCGUGGACAGAGAUUUCUGGGGACAGCCAGGUGGACAGCGCUCUGAGACAUCACCCCUUGAUGUUUGGCUCUCCUCGUCUCGAGAAUCCACAAGGUGGCCAGACGAGCAACGAUGCCCUAAGGCACUACCCUUUCAUGAUUAGGUCUCCUCAGCCAGAGGACCACCGGGGUGGCCUAAUGGACGACAGCACAGCGAGACACCAGCCCACUACGACGAGGAUCCCUCGGCCAGGGAGCCAUAUGAACAAGUAUGCACCGAGGCAUCGCACUUCUCAUCCAGAGAACCCACUGGGUGGGAGACCGUCGUUCACUUCCAUUGCGGGCAGCAGUUACCCGGUCAUCGUCAGGAAGUACCCGGGGGCUUCGGUACCUCCUGCGUUCCUCCGGCAAAGUGCCAGUCGCUGGCAGGACGUGCUGACCGGCAAUUAUUUCGGCGAAGACGUCGUUAAAGAUGGCUCCCGUAACUCGGCGAGCAAGGGUGACGCGUGGGAAAAUUCUCCCGGCACAAGCAAGAACGCCAAUAAAACUCAGACGACAUCGCCUGCUAAAGCUCAAGAUAUUUGUGAUGUAGAAAAGACUGUCCCAAGUGUCGAUGGGACUAAUGUAAAAAAUGUGAGUGUUAAGAUGAGAAAAGAAGGAAACUCUGGGAUGUGUUUGGAAAAUAGUGAUGAUUCAGCUGAAAAAACGCAUCCUGACCGAGAACUCCAAACUCCACCUGUAGUAUCUCCCACUUCGCCUCAUAACUGUAGUACAGCCAGCAGCAAGAGAAGAAGCAUAGAAAAGGUCGCAGCUGUGCUGACCGAAAUAGCAAGCAAGAAAACAGACACGUGUGCGACCUCAGACAGUAUCUAGUUGCUUCGCUUUCCCAUUAGAAUUUCUAUCAUACUUUCUGCAUACAGAUAUAACAUACAUUUUCCUGUGUGACAUAGCAUAGGUAAUAUAUUAAAAAAAUUGGACUAUCUGAUGAGUAGAAGCUAUAUUUGUAGAUUUAUAUUUUUCACUUUCAUUUCUGUUUCCUUAGUCUUUGUGGAAUGAAAAGAAAAUUUCUUAGGCAAAUCUGAUUUUUUUGUAGUAACUUGCCUCUUACAUAAAACGUAAAAGUCAAUGCUUACUUGAAUUGCUGCAGAAAUCGUUUUAUAACAGAAUAUUUUAGAAACACAAUACGGUUCAUUUUCUGCCUUCGAAACUUGUCUUCCAACCAAUUUUAAAACACAACUUUUAGACAUCCUAUUAACUUCAAAAAUUAAUCAAUGACACUGUAAAUUUGCAUUUUCUAUCUACCAGUCAAGAUUCCAUGCACUUUUUUUUUUCUUUUUUGAGUUGGUAUGAUAUUACCAAGAUUACCCUGAGGCAAUUGCAAAUUUUUGCACUCAAGUUCCAAAACACCCUUUUAAUUAAAUUAUACUUGUAUUUUUUAUUAAUUUUUUUUUGUUUAAGUGGUCAUAGUUUAACAUAUCUUUGGCCACAGAAAAUCACAGAAGUCAAUGGACUUCUGGGUCGCAGCUGUGCAGAAUUUAUAAUUUUCACCAACAUUUUGACCAACAUUACAGGUUCCAUCUUGAGAAUAGUUCUGCUUGGCAUUAAAUUUUUUAGAUACAUUCCAGAUGUCCAUUGUUAAUAUAACGGGGAAAAAAUGUAAUGUUUAUGCAAUGUUACAGCAUUAAUUUCUUAUAUUUUUAUGUAACAUUACAAUGUUUUGUUAGGGUAGUGCUAAUUUUUAAAUUUUACGAGAAACGCCACUUGUUGGUAAGGGACUACCGUGAAGAUAACGACUGCAGUGUCUACCGAAACAUCUGUGAACCUGGCUAUUCAUUCGCUGCUCAAAGCCAGCAAACUAUUUAAUUAAUAUAAAAACAGCAAAAAGUCUAUGUACAUAUGAACUUUGCUGCAGUUAUUAAGUCCAUUAGAAUUCCCAUAGAAGGCUGCAUUACUACCAUCUGGCGGACUCGUGGGUUUAUGGUGUUAGGUUUUUUUUUUAUUGUUACUCUUGCAUAACGCAUCAUGCUUCUUUCUGGACUUGAUAGUUCCUUUAUUUUUGUUGGAGUAGAGCUAACUGCUCAUUGUUAGCACUCUGAACUGUGGUUUAUAGGUUAUGUACUGUUGUAGCAUUUUUUGCUUACUAGGGCUAACUAAAGAAGUCACUUUUAUUUUUUAGCAGAAGCCAGUCUGCCACUGUCCGUGAUGUUUAGCCCCCCCCCCCCCCUCCCAUAUUCCCCCGUCCUUGUUUGUAUGGGCGCUGCAUGGGAUUACAUCCUUUUUUUUGUGUGUGUUUGAUUUUAUUUUAUGAAUGAUUGUGUAAAAAAAACAUUUUGAGACUUUUUUUUUUCCAUUAUGCAUUAUGAAAAGUUUCUUCGCUACCAAAGAGUAUAUUGUUUGUAAAUUGUAAUUGUUAUUACCAAAGUGCCUAUGUAAAUUAUUACUUAUCGCACACUAGGCUAUCAGAAAUGCAGAGUGUGACUUUUUUCUACUGUAGGUAUGUAUACCCUGUAAAUAGCAAAGUCAAAAAAAAAACGCCCUGAAUAGCAUACACACCGUUGAGGGCAGCUUCGUAGUUGUGAACUUUAUUUCUAGUGGAAAUACACAAUUUGACGCCACUUAAUUGUUACCAUUGACUAUUGGGUAGCUUUCAGAUGCACUUCCAGACGUUUAUUGGAAGUUGUGCGUAUCUGUUUCGCUUGUGUUACGUGCUCUGUAAGUAAAUGCACAAUAUUUACGUGUAAUGUAUAUUGUUGUAAGUGGUAGAAUGUGCUAUAUGAAAUAGUAGGAAUUGUUUGUGUGUGAUAUGUAUUUUUAGAGAUCUCAAAUGUUAGCAAGUAAGUUCAUAUUAUUUAUUCUGUCUGUUUACAAAUACAUAUUAUGAUUUAAUUAUUAUUUGGAAUAAUUAUAAACCACAACUGUAGUUUAAUUAGUGUUAAUUUUCAAGGAUAAGCCUAUUAUUGGCCAGGCUAAUCCAUUUGAAACACUCUAUGGUUUUAGGGGCUCCACUGAAACAACAAAGAAUUUAAUGGCAGUGGUUAUUUUUUUAUCUUCACUUACCCUUAAAAUAAUUGAUUUGCGAUUACAUUCUUAGUUUGAAGUAAUUAUGUAAGUAUAAAAAAGUCAUGAAGAAAAUCUAAGGCCAAUUAGUUCGUAAAUAUUUCUUGGUUUGCAUAAUUUAUAACCACAUAAAAAUGUUGGAAGUUUAACAAAGAUAAUGCUUUUAUCUCGAAUAAAUAUUAUUUUCUAUGGUUUGAAGAUUUCAAAUAGAUUAAACAUUCAUUGUAUGGCUACAAGAAAAACCAUAUUUACCUAUAGUUGACUGAGGUUUUCAGAGCUUGAGUUUAAUGUUUAAAGAUAUGUUUAUCAAUGUUAGUUUCAGUUAUGUUCCUGUUAUUUUACUGUUGAAAUAUUUUUUUUUCUCGGAGAAUAAAGAUAUUAUUUCACCACGCAAA